CCUAACUUUAUAAAGAAAUAAUAAAUUUUUGUAAUGUAAAAGAAGUACUAUUCCAACACCAUCACCUCACUCUUCUCUCUUCUCUCCACACUCAAAAUCUCACCGAAAAAAAAAAAAAACAGAAACAAAAACAUGAAAAUAAACACAUAUUUUUUCAAUCACAAUGCUGCUGCAAUAAAUCUUUGAUUUUGAUCCAAAAAAAACCCAGAAACAUUUAUUCAUAAAAAGAAAAAAAAAACACAAAAACAACACAAUGGGUACUACUACAACAACGACGUCGUUUUGGUGGAAGCAAAAACAACAAAAUCUCAUAAAAGGAACACCAGUUGUAAUCAAAAUGGAAAAUCCAAAUAAUUGGUCAAUGGUUGAACUUGAAUCCCCAUCUGAAGAUGAUGAUGAUUUCCUCCUAAACGACGACGUUUCAUCCUCUUUUUCAUCUUCUUCAAGAAAUUCAAAAAAAAACAAAAAAAAUGCAAAACAACUCACUUGGGUUUUACUCUUAAAAGCCCACCGUGCCGCCGGCUGUCUCACCUCCAUUGCUCCGGCAACUUUCUUCCUCGCCUCCGCCGUCCGCCGCCGUCUCUCCUCCGGCCGCACCGACACCGACACCGACACUACUCAAACCUUAAAAAAAAACAAAACUUUUUCAAGAUUCUAUUCUUGUAUAAAAAUAUCCUUAUGGGUUUCAAUACUUUUACUAAUUUUCGAACUUUUUGCAUUCUACAAAGGCGGGUGGCAUUUCGGAGCUCCGGAUUUACAUUUACAGUAUCUAUAUACAUUAACAAACCCGUUUCACAAGAUGGGUCUGUUUGAUUUGAUAUAUUCUAAAUGGGUCUUAUUCCGGGUCGAAUAUCUUGCACCCCCAUUACAGUUUUUAGCAAAUGCUUGUAUCUAUUUGUUUCUUAUACAAAGUUUGGAUCGGUUGGUGCUUUGUUUGGGUUGUUUUUGGAUCCGUUUUAAGAAGAUUAAACCCGUUCCUAAACAAAUAUUACCCGAUCUUGAAUCCGGAGAUAAUGAUGGGUUUUACCCCAUGGUUCUUGUUCAGAUCCCUAUGUGUAAUGAAAGAGAGGUUUAUCAACAAUCAAUUGGGGCGGUGUGUAAUUUAAAAUGGCCAAAAGAGAGGAUUUUAAUACAGGUUUUGGAUGAUUCUGAUGACCCUACAACCCAAAUGUUGAUCAAAGAUGAGGUUCAUAAAUGGAAAAACGAAGGCGUGAAUAUCGUUUACAGGCACCGAGUGAUCAGAGAUGGGUAUAAAGCUGGUAAUCUUAAGUCUGCUAUGAAUUGCAGUUAUGUUAAAGAUUAUGAAUUUGUUGCCAUGUUUGAUGCUGAUUUCCAACCUAAUCCUGAUUUCCUAAUGAAAACCGUUCCCCAUUUUAAGGAUAAUGAUGAACUUGGAUUGGUACAAGCGAGGUGGUCAUUUGUAAACAGGGAGGAGAAUCUGUUAACGAGAUUGCAACAUGUCAACUUAGCUUUUCAUUUUGAAGUGGAACAACAAGUCAACGGGAUUUUCUUGAACUUUUUUGGGUUCAAUGGGACUGCCGGAGUGUGGCGGAUUAAGGCUUUAGAGGAUUCCGGUGGGUGGUUGGAGAGAACCACCGUAGAGGAUAUGGACAUUGCUGUUAGAGCCCAUCUUCACGGAUGGAAAAUGGUCUUUCUCAAUGACGUCGAGUGCCAAUGUGAAUUACCAGAAUCUUAUGAAGCUUAUCGGAAGCAACAACAUAGGUGGCAUUCUGGACCGAUGCAGCUGUUUAGGGUUUGCUUGCCUGACAUCAUCAAAUCAAAGAUCAGCAUUUGGAAGAAACUAAACAUGAUAUUCCUAUUCUUCUUGUUAAGAAAAUUAAUCUUACCAUUUUACUCAUUCACCCUCUUCUGCAUAAUUCUCCCAAUGACAAUGUUUGUACCUGAGGCUACCCUCCCAGCGUGGGUGGUUUGUUACGUCCCCGCCACUAUGUCGUUUCUCAACAUCCUCCCAUCUCCCAAAUCAUUUCCCUUUUUAGUCCCUUACCUCCUCUUUGAAAACACAAUGUCGGUAACCAAAUUCAAUGCCAUGAUAUCAGGCCUUUUCCAACUAGGUAGUGCCUACGAGUGGGUUGUCACCAAGAAAUCAGGUCGGUCCUCUGAAGGGGAUCUCGUGGCGUUAAUUGAGAAAGAACCCAAAGAGUUUCAGAGGGCUGGGUCAGAGCCUGAUUUGGAGAAGUUGGAAGAAGAGAUAAAAGCGAAAGAGAAAAAGGCUAAGAGCAAGAAGCACAAUAGGAUAUAUACAAAGGAGUUGAUGCUGGCUUUUCUUUUAUUGACAGCUUCUGCUAGAAGUCUUUUAUCGGCUCAGGGUAUCCAUUUUUACUUCUUGCUCUUUCAAGGACUUUCGUUUUUGCUCGUGGGAUUUGACUUGAUUGGUGAGCAGAUCGCAUCAUGAGCACGUUUUAAGUUAAAUGUAGUACACGAAAACUGGGUUUUAGUAGAUAAUAUUGAACCCAAAACGAGAUCAGUUAACGUCUAUCCCACGUAUUCUGGGAUUGUUUUGUUGUUUCUUAUUUGUUUUUGGUCAAUUCUUUUGUAUGAAGUGGUUUAUAUGUUUAGCUGAAUCUUUAAACAUGAAGGUUAUCCUUAGCAGUGUAUAUUAUUUUAGGGGAUUGCUUUUUGUUAAUUCAAAAUUCUUUACCUGUUUCUGAAUAA